AUGCUUUGCUCGUUUCUAUUUUUGUCUUUUGCUUUCACAGCACCAUCACCUGGCAAUGGAGCUGGGGUAAAUGACCUUGGAAAUGGAGCUAGGCCUCAGCACGACUAUCCUGUGCCAAUAAAUAAUGAUCAAAACUCUGAAAUUGGUCACGGAGCUUCUCCUUUGUCAAAACCUCCACAACCGAUUGGUGGAACAAUUUCGAAAGGAAACACGAGAGUUAAAAGAAAAGUUUAUUGGAAUAACAAUGAAUAUUUCCGAAAUCAACAUGACUAUUCUGGGACAAAUCCAUACGCUUACCGAUCCAGUGACAAUUCCCAAAGUCGAACCAGCUACUACAACAGAAAUUCGUAUGGAUACCCGUUUUAUGAUGAUCCAAAUGGAUCUUUUCACAUUGGUCAGGGAGCUUUGCCAUACGAUGACCCGAAUAAUGGAGGAAACGGACAACAAAAUUAUUACAAUCCCUAUGAGAAUCAAGGAAAUACAUUGCAGAGAAUUGACUUUCAUGGAUGGGGAAAA